UAAUAAUGUCCCCAUUCGGCAUCGUGCCGAGCUCGCGCGCUGAUUGGGUGGCGGCGAAUGAUGAGGUCAUGUUGUCUAGCCCAAUCGCGCCUGCCUUAUCCGUCAAAAAAGGGCCUGCCAAUUACUUUCGUCGUCUGAUUCACGCGACAGGACUCGCUAUACGCGUGUUUUCCAUCGAAAGAUAUAUUAGCAGGAAUAUACUGAUACGCCAUUGUUGUCGGAUUACUAUUUGCUUGUGCACGUGCUCAGCAAGACUUGCGAUUGAACGAUUUCUUCAAAAACGAGAUGGCGCCUCGAUAUGCUUUACAAGAGAGUUCCGACGAAGAAGCGGGCGAUGAAAUGAGUAACAUCCAUUCCGACGAACGCCUUGCAAAGGGGUUACGUGACACUGUCGCAAGAGUGUAUGAGUCCGGCAACCUGCAAGAGUUGACUGUUAAGCGUGUGAGGUUAGCAACGGAGACCGCGUUGGGUUUAGAAGAGGGCUUUUUUAAGGGGCAUGAACAAUGGAAGGCGAAGAGUGAGACAAUUAUCAAGGAGGAAGCAGCAGCGCAGGAUAUUGCGCAAGAGAGUAAUGUGGUUCCGAAACCAAAACCUACAGAUACACGAAAUAAAAACACGGUGAAGAAAACACCUAAACAAGAUCCAGAGGAUCUACAAUCGGCGAGGAAACGUCGGAAAAUCACGAAGACUGUAGAAACAGAUGACGAGCUGUCAACUCAUGAAGACAACAGGCCGGACGUCGCAGACGCUUUCAAACCAUCCAAGCCGAUAUCGGCAGAAACAGUAGAUGAAACCUCAGUAUCUGACAGUUCUGAAGAGCACGAAGUCCACCCAGCACCUAGUAGAGGAGCUAUUGUCGACCAGGAAGGGUCGGAAAGUGAAAUGUCAGUCGUUCUUGAUGAGCCCGCCCCCGAGCCGAAGAAACGGCGAGAGAAGAGCACCGAUUCUGCUCCCAAAAAAGGCAAAGCGAAGGCAGCUGCAAAACCCAGUACCGAAUUAGACCCAGACACGGCGGAAAUAAAGCGCUUGCAAGGAUGGCUGAUUAAAUGUGGAAUUCGAAAGAUUUGGUCGCGCGAGCUGGCGGCUUACGACACCCCCAAAGCAAAGAUCAAACACUUGAAGAGUAUGCUGGAAAAUGCCGGCAUGAAGGGCCGCUACUCCCUUGAAAAGGCACGUCAGAUCCGUGAGGGGAGGGAGCUGCUAGCAGACUUGGAGGCUGUGAAAGAGGGCGCGAUGAUGUGGGGGACUGGCAACAAGAAGGACGACGACGAAGAAAAGCCUCGAAGACGGCUCAUGAAAGGUCGCCAAAGCCUAGCGUUCCUGUCCGAUGACGGCGAGGAAACGGACUAAGAAAUGUGUUACAUGUACUGGCUUUAGAAUUACCAGGUAGACAAUCAUCAAUUGAUGUUCAUUUAUGGAUCUUGCCACCACUCAUGCGCUGGGCAACCAGACUGAACACGGCAACAGAGGAGAUGUAAAACACCAGAUUGUAGAAGGCAGUUCGGGAGUACUCGUUCUCCUCAGCUUCGGUGCGAGCUUCGACGAAGAGACGUCGUAGAUUAGGGAGAUUCGCCAUCUUCCAAUGUAUUGUGCCUAUAGGGCUGGGUGUGCAGAAUCAGGGGUAGGAUUGCGAGUUGGUGAAUUGAUGAAAUGGCGGGCGGUGAGGCGGAUCGCCAGUCAACUAAGCUCUGAUC